AGUGACUUCCGGCUAGGCCGUUGUCUGGGUGGCGCGGUCGAGUCAUCGCAGGGUCCCACCGCUUCGUUCUCCCGUCCCUCCCCGCGCCUUGGCGCGGGGGGUCGACUAGCCAAGUGAGGCGGGAGGCGACUCGGACCUUUCCCUGCAUUUCGUUUCGGCCAGUGCCGGGGGCUACCCGCCCUGGGAUCCUUGGGGCCGUGAGGCCCACUCUUAGCGGCCCGGGCCUACCGCGGCCCGCCGCCGGCCCUCAUGAGGCAUAGCCUGACCAAGCUGCUGGCAGCCUCGGGCAGCAACUCCCCAACCCGCAGUGAGAGCCCGGAGCCGGCUGCAACCUGCUCGCUGCCCUCGGACCUGACCGGGGCGGCAGCGGGGGAGGAGGAGACGGCGGCGGCCGGAUCUCCCGGCCGCAAGCAGCAGCUUGGCGACGAAGGAGAGUUGGAAGCCGGGAAGGGGAGCCGCGGCGGCGUGGCCGUGCGCGCGCCCUCGCCCGAGGAGAUGGAGGAGGAGGCGAUCGCCAGCCUCCCCGGGGAAGAGACGGAGGAUAUGGACUUUCUGUCUGGGCUGGAACUGGCGGAUCUCCUGGACCCCCGACAACCGGACUGGCACCUGGACCCCGGGCUUAGCUCGCCGGGGCCUCUCUCCUCGUCUGGCGGAGGCUCGGAUAGCGGCGGCCUGUGGAGAGGGGACGAUGACGAUGAGGCCGCGGCUGCUGAGAUGCAGCGCUUCUCUGACCUGCUGCAAAGGCUGUUAAACGGUAUCGGAGGCUGCAGCAGCAGCAGUGACAGUGGCAGCGCCGAAAAGAGGCGGAGAAAGUCCCCAGGAGGAGGCGGCGGUGGCGGCAGCGGUAACGACAACAACCAGGCGGCGACAAAGAGUCCCCGGAAGGCGGCGGCGGCCGCUGCCCGCCUUAAUCGGCUGAAGAAGAAGGAGUACGUGAUGGGUUUGGAGAGUCGAGUCCGGGGUCUGGCAGCCGAGAACCAGGAGCUGCGGGCCGAGAAUCGGGAGCUGGGCAAACGCGUACAGGCACUGCAGGAGGAGAGUCGCUACCUACGGGCAGUCUUAGCCAACGAGACUGGACUGGCUCGCUUGCUGAGCCGGCUGAGCGGCGUGGGACUGCGGCUGACCACCUCGCUUUUCAGAGACUCGCCCGCCGGUGACCACGACUACGCUCUGCCGGUGGGAAAGCAGAAGCAGGACCUGCUGGAAGAGGACGACUCGGCGGGAGGAGUCUGUCUCCAUGUGGACAAGGAUAAGGUGUCGGUGGAGUUCUGCUCGGCGUGCGCCCGGAAGGCGUCGUCUUCUCUUAAAAUUUUCUUUUUUAGGUGAUUUCCUUCCUGCCAGGCUCCGUUGUAGGGGUUACAGAACAGUCGUUCCCGCCUCACAACCUGACUUGCGUGUACCUAGCUCUUCUGUCCCCAGUGUGGACAUGGCCUUGGAUGACAUCGGUUCCAACUGUACACUGAAACCUGCUUAUAGAGAGACAGUUUGGAGACAGUGAAACAGGUGAAGUUGAAUGGAAGUUCCGAGUUGUACAAGGUGCAAAUUGGAAUUCCGAUUUUAGGGCAACUUUUCAGAGGUUGACAAUAAGUAUUUGGGGCAUGCACAAAUGUGAUAGUUAUUUUGCUGGAGGUGACAGGUAUCUCUUAAAUAUCAACAAUGCCUUUUAGUUUUCAGUAAGAGAUAUAGAAACAGUCUAUAUGGAGUAACAGAUUUUAAUGUCUCACCAUUAGAGAAGUUGGAAAUUAACAUGCAUAUCAGACUCCUGUGUUUUAGUUAAUUGGAGAGUAAGAAUGGCUAAUGUUUCUUUGAGGACCAGCAGUGAUUACCCUAUCACUGAGUAUGAAUAAAUUGUUGAACAUCUUUAUUUUUGUUGUAUUAAAAUUUUAGGUUAAAUUUAUAUAUGUAUGAUUAGAUAUUGAAGGUUGUGAAAUGUGAAUGAAAACGUGUAAAGUGAGGCUUCACAAAGAAUCUUAUUCUCUGUGUUUCAAAAGUAUUUGUCCUAUUUUAAAAUAAUUUUUUAAAUUGAGUGGUUCUGGCCACUUAAAUGACACGAUUGGCACUAUUUUUCCCAAAGAUGGGAUUUAUUCUUCCCUUGAAUCUAUUAACCAGUUGUAUAAAUUGAGUUAUGGUGUCCUUCAGUGUAAGAGGCAUUAAGAAAUUCUUUGUGAAACAUCACUGCUUGAUAAAGUAUAUACGUAUUUAGCAUCCUUGUUUUUCUUUGUGCUAAAGUGGAUACAGCUGUUGGGGCAGAAGAGACGGGACCAGCUGCUGGCCACAUUUCCUGCUUUAUUUUAAAAGGUAGUAUAAGAAAUGAGGAAAAAGAGGUAAUAUCAGGGCUUCUGCUGUUUUUUAUUUUUAAAAUGUUCAUAAUUAAAAAGUACUUUCCAGCAGUCCAAAGAUGUAAGUUAUCUUACACAUAAAAUGUUUUAUUUUGUUGUUAUUUGGUUAUGAAAAUGGAAUCCUUGUUCUUGCACAACUGUAAAUGUUUUGUUGCUAGAUAAUACGAUUUGAGACCUGAAUUGGUCUUUGGUUUCCAGUGCAUCACAGCAUAUUUUGUAAAAUCAUCUACUACUGCACUUGAGCAUGAAUGGGUAGUAGCCAAACUCACAAAUUGGAGUGAUGAACCUGCUUAUACCUAAGGGCAGGAGCAAGCCCCUCACAAUGCAGCUGCAUGGGUUUUUAGUGCCUACUGAAUUUUAUAUAUAUAUAUAUAUAUAUAAAAAAACCAAAAGUAGUUGGAAAGAUUAUUUGAAAUGACUAAUUUGUGCUAUCUUUAUGAAAUAUGUUAAAUGUAGCCUUUUUGAAACAGAAGCCUUGAAUUGAAAUUUAACUAAUACUUGAACAUUUUGUAUAUAUUUCUUUGUAUAUAAUUUUGUGCAGUACCAAUGACAAAAAUAUGGUGUCAUAAUAAAACCAGGUUUGUUGAUCUUUUAGUUAUGGGCUCAAAGAAUUUAUUCAUCUCUAACAUGACAUUGGAAAAUAAUGGAUGAAAAUAGGAAAAAUGAUUGUUGUUAAUGCUGACUGUGGGUCUUAAAAGGUUCUGGAAAGCAGUAAGUUCAUUUUUCUAAAAACUAUAACAUUCUGUUGGAGUAUUUUCUUCCUUACGUCAAUACUUUUCCUGCAUUAUUUGAAAUUGUGGGCUGGGGAGAAACAGUAGUCAAAGCUUUCUGAAUUGAGAUGCUUUGAAAUUCCAAGUGUAGAUUUUUAGAAUGUCAUUUUAUAAAUGGCAGUUUUUGGAAUUACUUGAUAAAGAACUUUUGAAAAUGGAAAGAUUAGUAUGGCCUAUUUUUAAAGCUGCUUUGUUAGGUUUCUUAUGUUUUAUUAACUGUCUUUUCUCAGUUUCCAUUUCAUUUUUUUUUUUUCUAGUUUUGGUGACUUAGUGAUUUUGUCAUUUUUUACAUCAACUUCAUGGUCUUGUUUUUACAUGGUGAUUGCAUGUAUUUAGGAUCUAUCUAAUAGGGGCUUUAAAUAAAUUUGGUCAUAUUUAUGUGUAAGCACAUUUUACUGUAAAUGUUUGGGUUUCUGAAUUUAAACAGAUCUGUUUAUUUCAGUAUGUAGUAAACAAUAUCUUAAAGUGUCCGAUUCACUACUUGUUAAUUAAAAAAGUUAUGAUUAAUGUGAAACUGUUGUCUUACUAUUUUUAGAAAAUUGUGUUCUGGAUGAUUAGCACAUGGAUAAAGGAGACUUCUGGAAUAUAAAAUGGAUUGUUUUUGAAAUUUCUAGGUUUGGCUCUAUUUACUGUAAUGGUUGAAAACAAUUUAGUAUUUGGGUGACCCUUUUGUUUUUCUUCUAAAUGUGCCUCUAUGGUAAAAUACAGAACUAGACUAAAGAUGUAGCUUUUUAAUAUUUGUCUUCGAUGGUGGCAGGAGUUCAUACAUUAAUUGAACUAACACAUCAUAUUUUGACCUACUAUUUCUAUCAUAUUGACUUACUGUUUCUGCACUUCUUUGACCAGACUUAUCUUAAAAAGUCCACUUUUGUUAAAAUGUAGUCACACCUCUGAUAUAAUCCAACAAAAAGUGUUCAAAAUAUUUUAAAUAUUUGUGCAUUUUAUAAUCACUAAAUUAAUUUCUCUCUCUUCUCUUUAAACAGCUUAGCAGUGUCUGCAAAAACGAAUCUUUUCCUACAACCUGUUAACUGACUGGACUGAUGGUAACAAAGUAAUUGUGAGAGCCAUGUCGGUCAAAAAUUUGGCAUCUGCUGAAAAAAAUGAAUGCCAUUUUCAAGUUCCCAAAUUACUUCUAUACUGAUUUCACUUUCCAGAAAUGGAGAUAUGAAAAGAUUCUCUGGAAUCCUUGAAAGACUUAAUAGAGAUACAUGAGACUAAGUUAAUAUUGGAACAAAAUUAUACUUUGUCUUUCAUGGGAGUGAUACUCAGUUAUUGCAUAUCUUUACAAAAUUGUAACCUUUGGAGAAUUACAGUAUUUCAUCAAGAAAUUAGAGUUUUUACAUAAUCAAGAGCAUAUUCUAUGGAAUUAACAUUUAGUGGACUAGAAUUACGUAAGCAGGCCAUCAGUGAUCACAAGGCAUAUGAGUUUGUAUUUAUUUCCUGGAACAUGAGAGCUAAUUUGGAGUACAGACAGACACCCUGCUGAGUAGAAUAUAAAAAUUAAUGUAAAGUUCUGAACUAUAAAGAGUAGUCCUUUUAAAUAGAUGCAUUGAUUUGUAUAUCUUUGAAAAAGUUGAUUAUGAUUAAAUGUGUGGGUAGUUAAUUACAAUUUAGGGUAACAACCAGGAUGUAUGGAUUCUGAGGUUUUGGCUUCUUGAGCUUUCUCUUGAGUACUUGAUACUGUUUUUUUAAUAUUUUGAGGUUUCUAAUUAAUGGUAUGCUAGUUUCUACUGUUCUAUAUAAAAAUUUAUCUAGUGUUGUAUAAGGGCUUUAGUAUUCUGGAUGAUGGGAGUGGCUUUUUGUGGCAUAUGGUUGUUUUACUUAAUUGAAAUAUUUUUUCAGUUUAUUACAAGUGUGAAAAAACACUCAAAACUCUGGAUUGUUUUAUUUCAUUUUUGUUGGAUUAUGUUAAUACAUUCCUUCACCUGGUUUAGAUUGAGUCAUUUUAUCUCACUCAUUUGGAAAUGUGCAGCUGAUAGAAGAGGGAUUGGGGUAGGAGAUUGGCUCUUACUUCAUAAUAAAUAUACAGUUGGUUAUUGUAUUAUUCAAAACUUGUUAAAUCCAGUCAGUUUCUUACCAUUUUAAAUGUAUUCAGUGCCUGCGAAGCCAGGCAGCAAAGAGUAUUCCCACUGGCUUAAAACUUAAGUGCUGAUGCUCCUACAGUACAGCUAGUUACAAUUCCAGAACCCAAAGGCACCAGCAUUAUUUGGUGACCUUAACUACUACUUUGAUAGAACAGACUGGGUAAUUCACUGAUAAAGAGUCAUUAUCUUUUAAAUAUGUGAUUACCUAGUUCAGCAUUUUGAAUGUGUAGUUUAAGGUCUCUCUGAUUUAGUAAAAUUUUAAAGCUAAAUAAUCUGAUGACUCUUGAAAGUUUAAUUGGUACUAUGACAUUUAUGUUUUUUUCCCCCAGACUCACAGCCAAUACAAAGUUUUGAGACUCUCCUAAAUGUUAAUAUUUUUGCUGUUUUUCUGAGCUGUUUUUUUAUUUACUUACCACCUAAGCUGGGGAUCAAAAAGGGAAUUCUUCCAUUAGAAAUUUGUAGUGUUAUGUGUGGCCAGCACAGUAUUUUUCAGAUUUGAAUUUCAGUACCUUUAUGUGUAGCCUCAGUACUCUCAACACCAGUCACUCUUUAUUGUCUUAAAAUACUCCAUACUUUUUGUUGACCCAAAAUUGUUGAAAAUAUUUUGCUCAGUUUUCACAAUGAACUAAUUGAAAAGUGUAGUUACUGUGUUGUAAACAUUUGUGUAGUUCUGUUAAUAUACUGAUUUGAAUUUUAUUUAUCUCAACUUCCUUUAGCGUCUGCCUCCAAAUUUUGUCUUUGCUGUAUACCCACUGAGAUCAAUUCCCUAGACCCCUCUAGCUCUUAGUGUACUAUAAUUUGGGCUUUAUAAAAUAUAUUAAUGUCUUAAUUUAAAUAGAAUGUGAGCCCUCUUUUUUUUAAGCCAAAUAACUACACAAAAUAAAUUAUAAAAGAUUUAGUUUGUCUACUGUGACUAGACUGAAAUAUUAAAAAUUGAGGGUAGUUUACUUCAAGUGUUAGCUACAAAUGACUCAAUGUCCUUAAAUAAUGCAGGUAUCUGCCCUCUGAACAAAAAUUUUGGCAAAGUAAAUUUGUAGCGACAGACUUAACAUGAUUUAUUAUGUUGCCCAUUUAUGCUAAUGGAAAAGAUAAUUUAAAAAUUUGUGGCAGAGGACAGAUAUUAGAAAUACUUUUUGGUUACAGAAACCAUUGUAAACUCAUCCUCAUUUAUAAAUGGUAUUAUGCUAGGGAGUAAUUGGACUAGGAAUGUUUAAAUGUGCUCAAUCGUCAGAGAACUUAGUUAUAUCAUUGGGCUUUGAAUUAUCUAAGUUGAUUACAUAAUUCUAUAUUCUUAAGGAGUCUAACUCGGUACUUGGGUUAACGCCAGAAAUUACUUUCAAUUCAUUGUUUUUUCACUGGGAUGAGUAGAACUCUGCUUUUAGUAAAAGUGACAGAAUGUAGGUAAAAUGGAUGAUUUGGGGUCAGAGCUUUUCAUCUUGAUAUUUUAGCCUGUAAAAUAAACAGCUAUAUUGUUUUGCCCUUUAAA